AUGGCAAGCGCACAGGAAUCCAAGCCUCUUACAUUGACCGUUCUCGGUUCAGGAACAAUGGGCAUAGCGAUAAUGGGCGGCGUUAUGUCUUCCCUGGCUUCGGCCAAAACUAAAGCCUCCCUCGACCCCUCUUCGGCCCCCAAAGACGUCCCUAACCUUUCCAACUUCAUCGCUUGCGACCAAUGGGCCCCCGCUGAACAAAACGUCCGCAAGGCACUCGGCCACUACAACUUCCCUCUCCAGACCCUCACAAACCAGAACCUCAAGGGUGUUCAAGAAGCAGACAUUGUUCUACUGAGCUGCAAACCGCAUGGCUUCAAGACGAUACUGGGUGAGGAGGGUGUGAGGGAGGCGCUCAAGGGCAAGGUGCUUGUUAGCAUUCUGGCCGGUGUGACUAGGGAGCAGAUUGAAGCGUUCCUGUACCCAGAUGGUCCUGAGAAGACGGAGAACGCUUGCCGUGUCGUAAGGGUCAUGCCCAACACGGCAUCUUUCGUUGGGGAAUCCAUGUCUGUGAUUCAGACCUCGGAUCCACCACUCAGUGAGGCACAGUACAAGCUUGUCGAGUUCGUCUUCAGCUCAAUUGGCCGCGUUACGAACCUUCCUCCAGCGAACAUGGAUGCAGCGACUGCGCUGUGUGGUUCGGGCCCAGCAUUCUUUGCGCUGAUACUGGAGGCCGCGGCGGAUGGUGCUGUGGCUAUGGGUUUGCCAAGAGCGGAGGCACAGAUGAUGGCCGCGCAGACCAUGAGGGGAACCACAGGACUUGUGCUGAACGGUGAGCACCCAGCUGUGCUGAAGGACAAGGUCUCGACGCCCGGGGGCUGCACCAUCGGUGGUCUCAUGUCACUCGAGGAAGAUGGCGUGAGGGGCGCCGUUGCAAAGGCAAUCAGGGAAGCUACUGUCGUAGCUUCGAGAUUGGGUGGUGAACAAAAGGAGUUCGUCAACCACAGGCGGUAG